AUGGAACCCAUGGUCAUGCUGAAGCGCGGCACGGUGUUGCCAGCAUCCGUUGUUGAGGAGAUCUUGACAUCUGCGGCCGCCGCGUGCGCCGAGGCGCCCAACCGAGCUCUCAAGAGGCGCGUGCGGCAGCGGCUGCACAAGAAGCUCGGGUCCAUGUUGACGGCCGAGGAGUUUGAGAAGGCCAUGGACCGCUACAGCGCGAUGGAAGACGAGGCCUCGUCCCACCUCUCGCAGGCGUCGGUUUCUCCGUCCAGCAGUGGCCCUUCCGCUCCGUCACCGUGCACGGUGAUGUUGCCCAACCUUGGCACCGGAAACUCCGCCAACAUGUGCCCAGCUAACCCGGUCACGGCUUGUCAGACCUUCAUAGCAGUGCCCAUGAUGCCGCUAAUUACCACGAUGCCGGUUCCUCAGCAGCCAAUGGGACAAAUGCAGCCCACGCUGCAGCCCAUGCUGCAGCCUAUGCAACCCGUGCAGCCCAUGGGACCUUUCUUGCAGCCUGCGCAACCUGCCCAGCCGAUGCAAGCCAUGCAGGUGCAGCCUAUGCCUGCGCCAGCCAUGAUGCAACUGCUCCGUACUGAUGCCCCAGCUCCGUCCCCUAAGGCCCAGAAUGUGCCCGUCGACGAGAUCUCCGAGGACAUCUCUCAGACAGCCUCAACCACCGCCGACAACGAUGGUGAAAACACUGACGACGAUGAGGAUGACCUCGAGAGCAUCAGUGAGCUGAGCACAGAGUGGGUUCGCGCAGUGUCCCAGGGAUCUUCUGAGUGCCCGGUGGAGCGUACUUCAUCCAGUUCCACACCCGGGUGUCUGGGUCGCACCGACGAUCGAGGUCUGUCUAGGGCCCACGGGGGGGUCCAGACACCUGAUCAUCCGAGGUCACCUGCCUCGCGAAAGUUCUUUCUACGAAUGUGCUUUUUAAGUUUUGUUCUGCAAUGA